CUCAGUGAAUGAGCUUUUCCUCUGUUUGUAGAUCUUUAGGGUUUCCUCUGUUUGAUUCUUCUAAGGGUUUUUCUUUUACAAGAGCAGAGAGCAAUGGGUACAGAGAUGGUGAAAGGGAGUGAGGUAGAAGUGUCUUCUCAAGAGGAAGGUCUCAAAGGAGCUUACUUUAGAGCUCUUCUCGAGGAAAACACAACCAUGUCAGGUCGCAAGAAGGUUUCCGUCCGCUACAAGACUUUACUAACCGACGACGGUUCGUCUCCUCUUACCGAAGCCGUCCAACAGAGUCUCCUCCGACCUGUUCCGCCUGAGGAAGAGUACAUGGACGUUGUUUUGGAGGAAGGGACCGUGGUCGACGCUUACCUCAGAGAUGGGUGGUGGACUGGUGUCAUUAUAAACAAGAAGUUAGAGGAUAGUAACUUCUUGGUCUGCUUCGAUUCACCGCCGGACAUUAUCGUGUUCGAGAAGACAAAUCUCAGGGCUCAUGUUGUCUGGACCGACCCCAAAUGGGUCCGACCAGAUCUCAAGGAAGUGGAUAAGAAGACAAUGUUUUGUCCGGGGAGAAUGGUGGAAGUUAGUUCUUCAGUAGAUAAAGCGGAGGAUGCGUGGUUCCCGGCGAUGUUGAUCAAAGAGAUUGAAGUGGACGGUGAAAAGAAGUUCAUUGUCAAGGACUGUAACCAUGAGGCAAGGCCAAACACAACUGUUGUUCCUCGCCGCGUUAGGCCCCAACCGCCUCCUCCUUCCUCGGUCGAAGAAAAGUAUACUCUGAUGGAUCGUGUAGAGGCCUUUCAUGGUUCGGUGUGGCGCAAAGGCUUGGUGAAGGAAGUUCGGACUGGAAAACGCUACAAGGUUUUUUUGGUGGCUACAAAGGAGGAACACUUUUUUAGUCAAUCUGAUGUUAGACCUUUGAAGGUGUGGGAAGAUGAAGCUUGGCAUGACGUACCAAAGGUAAUAUAUACUAAAAUCAUUUUCUGCUAUUUAAUCAAUUCAGAGGUGACGUCAUCUUCCUCUCAUCAAACCCCAAACGUGAUGAUGAUGAAUUCUGCUGCUAAUGUUGAGGAAACACCACCACCAGCGCUGCUGAUGGCUUUGCCUUUUGCAAAGAGGUCACCGUACUGGAAGAGUCCUGAAGCGAAGGAGGGUUACAAAACUAUGCCACAGCGCCCUCACUUCAGCCCACUGCUUGCAGCUGAAGAUGUUAAUCACCGUGAGUGGUCAGCGGUUGGCAUGACGGUGUCCUUUUACGGUUUUCUAGAACAAGUCAAAGGUCUGAAACCCCAUGAUUCCUUGAGCGUUCUCUGUAGUCUCAGUGCUUCUUUUGUGGAACUAGAGGAGUACGGUUUCGACAUUGGUGCACCUCAGUCUCGCAUCCGCAAGAUGAUGUCUCUCAAAGAUGAGCAAGCGAAGAUAGCAGAGGAGAAACAGUGUCUUGAGAAGAAGGUUGGCGAGGACGAGAAGAGAAGCCGCAAGUUAGCUGAAGAAAUGGAUGUGUUGAAAGGCAAAAUGCUUGAGCUGCAGAGACAAGAAGCGGUUGCAAGAGGGGAGAAAGAGGCAGCUGACAAGAGGGUUGUUGAAAUGAAAGCAAGUGGGGAAAGGUUUGAGCAAAAGAUGGAAGAUGUGGAACUUGAGUUUCUUGAGACUGCCUCGGCUCCAUGGUAAGAGGAGUCUAACGUCUGUUUUAGUAAAUGCAAAUAUAGAGUUAACCAUGUUGGCUUAGCUCUUAUGGUUAUGCUUACCAUGUUAGUUAACCAGGAACUAGACCUUUUGUUGAUCUUAUCUAUGUUGAUGAUGAUGCUUAGUUUAAACUGAUCUCUUCAAGAGUUAACUGAUGACGUUAUUGAGGUUAGGAUCAAUAUUUUGUGACUUUUAAAAUAUGUUUGCUGAUUUUGAGAUAAUCUAAAAGAGUGAAGCUAGUUUAUCUUUAAAUUAAUUUAAAAACGUUGCUGCUAAUUAUUAUUCUUUCCGU